AUGCCGACGAGGCCGCUGUUCUGUUCAUGGUAUAUCCCGUUCAUCGUGAUUAUACUACAAUCGUCUCUAUACAAUGAAGACUAUGUCAAGAAAAGCGUAUUUGCGUGGCUUGUCCGCAAAGAUAUAUACGGAUGCAGCUGUAUUGAGCCUGCCAGUGAAUGGCCUUUCUCACGGCCUUCUCCUGACCCGGAAGCCUCUUACACAACUUCAGGCUUGGAGGGCCAAGUGACGCUGAACCAAGGAGGCCAAGGGACGCCAGGGUACUGCCCCGAAUCCUGCGCCGCCUUCUUCAACUACGUCGUGUUGCUGAUCCUGACGCAGAGUGUGUAUCCGAGCGCCAGAGUAAACAAUGUGAUGGUUAUGUUAAGGUCAGUGCCCGACGAAGACCAGGUCAUGGCCCUGAGCAUCCUGACAGUCUUCGUCAGCGCGUUGGCCUUCGCUCCGGCCCCAGCCAUCGUGUCCGCCAUUGUGGAUUCGGCGUGCCUCGUGUGGGACACGUCCUGCGGGGCGACGGGCGAGUGCAGCCUGUACAAUUCGACCAAGUUCAGAACCAUCUUCCACCUCAUUCCUGCGGUGUUCGUGUUUAUAUGUGUGCUGUGCGACGUCGUGGUGUUCUGGUACAGCAGGAACUCGGAGCUCUUCGACGAGUGCCCCGAGGACCUGCAGAAGAGGCGGGGCUGCUCCGAGGAAGACCAGCCUCUUCGCUCUGCGGCUUACGACGAGGCCAAAGUCUGAGCGCGGUCUCGACAAACGUUGUAUAAUCUGAUUGACUCGGCCAUAUAUUUAUUUAUCAGAGUAUCUGGUAUCUUUUAGUAAUAAAGGUGUUACUUGAAGUCCACGUA